GAAUCUUUGAAUAUAUAAAUGGUUUGGAACUUUGAAAAGAGAAAAUUCUUAUCCCUUUGCUUGGUCUCUAAAGCCAUCAAACACAUGCAGUUGAGCUUUAGCCUUUAGUAAAUUCAAGGCACGCAGCCUCUUCUCUCACAGAUAUAUAGCUCAAGGCCAGCUCUGUAUUCUUGGUCAUCUCUCUCUCUCUCUCUCUCUCUCUUCACAAUCAUGGUUAUUAUCUCAUAUUACGUCGAUCUGAUCUUCCAUUUUAUGAGAAUCACUUCUUUUCUUAUAGAAUUUGUUAGUCUUUGCUGACAACGAUCUCUUGAGCUCAAAGAAAAGAACUGCUUAGAUCAAGAAAGGAACAACAGAACAAAGCUCUUGCCUUUCUUUUCAAGACAACCUACAUUUAUUUCAAGCUCUCGCAUAAAACCGAGGAGCUCUUUAGUCUUUUUUCCAUCUUCUUUUUAUUUUUUUAAAGAUGUUUCCUGCAAUUAAGAGUCAAAAACAGAACUUGAUGACUUCUUUCACGAAAUCAUUCAAUACCCAAUUUCAACUCGUGAAUGUUCUCUCUUUUUGCUUCUUGUUUUGCUGUGGUUUAGCAACAGGGGUGAUCCUCAGUUCCUAUCUCAAGAACAUAUCAUUCAAUGUCCAUGUAACCCAGUUCUCUGUUUCUGCUAAUGCAGCAGUACCACAACCACCCCCAUCUCCACCAUUAAAGAAUGAGACGAUUGAAUUGCCUCUUGUAGGCUUGAAAGAGUAUCUGAAGGUUCCUGAUGCCAAGCAUGACAUGGAAGAUGAGGAGUUGCUAUGGAGGGCAUCAAUGGCUCCAAGAAUAAACAAAUAUCCAUUUGAUAGAGUUCCUAAGAUCGCCUUCUUGUUCCUGACAAAAGGUCCAGUUUUGAUGGCUCCACUGUGGGAAAAAUUCUUCAAGGGACAUCAAGGAUUGUAUUCAAUUUAUGUACAUUCAAGUCCGUCCUAUAAUGAAUCAUAUCCUGAAAGUCCUGUGUUUCAUGGCCGAAGAAUUCCCAGCAAGGAUGUUCAAUGGGGAAAUGUGAACAUGAUCGAGGCAGAGAGACGUUUACUUGCUAAUGCACUGCUUGAUAUCUCAAACCAGCGUUUUGUUCUCCUCUCAGAGGCAUGCAUUCCUCUCUUCAACUUCUCCACUGUCUACUCCUACCUAAUGAAUUCCACCACAAAUUUUGUGGAGGCCUAUGACUUAGAGGGUCCUGUUGGCCGCGGCCGAUAUAGCCCUCGUAUGAGCCCUGAAAUAACCAUUCACCACUGGAGGAAAGGCUCCCAGUGGUUUGAAAUGGAUCGACAACUAGCCCUCGAAGUUAUAUCAGAUCAAAAGUACUUCCCCAUUUUCCAGAAGUACUGCAAGGGUCCAUGUUAUGCAGAUGAACAUUAUUUGCCUACAUUUGUGAGCAUGAACCAUGGGGAGAGGAACUCCAAUAGGAGUCUGACUUGGGUAGACUGGUCGAGAGGAGGGCCGCACCCGGCUCGGUUUGUAAGACCGGAGGUAACUGUGGAGUUCUUGGAGAGGCUGAGGAGCAGCAGCAAAUGUGAGUAUAAUGGAAAUAGCAGCACCACUUGUUUCAUGUUUGCAAGGAAAUUCCUGCCUACUGCUUUGGAUAGGCUGAUGAGAUUUGCACCCAAAGUCAUGCAUUUCAACAGAUGACGAAUAAACGGAGUAAAUUCUUUAUUCUUUAAUUUGUAUAAAUACGUGAAUUUGAAGUAAAUAAGCUACAAUGAAAUGUAAUUGCAGCUAUUAAACGUUUAUAGCUGCUAAUUUUCCA